AUGGCGAAAAUGGCUGCGAAUGGGGAAAAACAACAGGGCCACAGAGCCGGCAUAUAUAAACAGAAAAACAAAGGCCACAAACAUGGCAAGCAUCGAACGAAAGGUGAAAUCGAGAGAGAAAACAAAGGGAGAGUGUCCGUGACAGCCCUCACCAAAAAACAGAGGAAAGAGCAAAAGAGGAUGGACCGAAGGCAUAAAGCCAACCAGCUACGCAAGAAUAAGAAAGACAUGGUUCUUACAGAGAAACGGCGUCUAGGCACCAGGGAUGGUCCUCCUCACUUGGUUGCUGUGGUCGCCCUCCAUGCUGGAGUUGAUGCUGGUGCCAUCACCAAACUGCUACGUGGAGAGGGUGCAGGAGGUGUCAUUCAUCAGGAAAAGUGUAUCGUUGGCGUCAGUGACAGUUUCGGGCUGAUUCUGCCUCGUUUUAAACAGAGGUUCACCUUUCUAAACCAAAGCACGGCGGACAUACAUUCCCUGCUGGAUAUGGCAAAGAUUGCAGAUAGCCUCAUAUUUGUGCUGGACUCUACUGAAGGUUGGGACAGCUAUGGAGACUAUUGUCUCUCCUGUCUGUUCGCCCAGGGCCUCCCCAGCCACGCUCUGGUGUGUCAGGGUGUGUCUGAUCUUCCUGUGAAGAAGAGGGUUGAUUCCAGGAGAGCUCUGUCAAAGAUCACUGAGAUCCGUUUCCCUGAUACCCGUCUCUUCCCUCUGGAUACGGAGCAGGAUGCCACUCUACUUCUCAGACACCUGGGCGCUCAGAGACAGAGGAAGCUGGGUUUCCGCUCCAGACGCUCCCAUCUUUUGGCUCAGCAUGCUACUUUUACCCCCAACAGCCCUGCUGAGGGAACAGGUGCUGGACCCACCGGCCUGGGUACCCUUUGUGUCUCUGGGUACGUCCGUGGCCGUCCUCUACGAGUUGACAGACUGGUGCACAUCAGUGGACACGGAGACUUUCAGCUCAGUCAGAUUGACGCUCCCUUAGACCCUCUUCCCCUUAACAUAACAACACCCAGAACAGCAAAGUCUGGCAAGGGAGCAGACGUUGACAUGCAGGUCGGUGAUGUAGAUGAGGCUCCAGUGCGGGUGCUUAUGAAGGCGGACCCGUCCAACAGGGAAAGCCUGCAUACAGAGGCUGAGGUGGACCCCAUGGAUGGAGAGCAGACGUGGCCCACAGAAUCAGAACUGCUGGAGGCUGAAGAGGCCAGAAAGAACAAACGUGUGAUGAAGGUCCCUAAAGGGACAUCAGACUACCAGGCUACAUGGAUCGUGGAUGACGGUGAUGAUGAGGAUGGUGAUUUGGAUGAUGAAAGCAGUGAAGACGAUGAUGGUGACGACAUGAUGGACGAGGCCAUGGAGAGAGAUGAUGAGGAGAAUAACUCACAGGAUGCUGGUUCAGGCUGUUCCGAAGAGGAGGAAGAAGAAGAGGAGGAGGAAGAAGAGUUGUGCUCCACAGAGCGAGCUGGAGCUGAUCAGCGCUACGAUGAGCACAUAGAUGAAGCUGCAGAGGAAGAGGGUCUCAAACGUUACCGUGAAGCCCGAUCCAAUGAAAUGUUCCCUGAUGAGGUGGACACACCCCGCGACACAGCAGCUAGAAUCAGGUUUCAGCGUUACAGAGGAUUAAAAAGUUUCCGUUCCUCUCCCUGGGAUCCGAUGGAGAACUUGCCUCUCAACUACUCACGCAUCUUCCAGUUUCAGAGCUUUGAACGCACCCGCCGCCGCAUACUGGCUGAAGCUGCAGAGGAGGAGGAGGGAGCCAUGGUGGGCUGGUAUGUUACACUGCACAUCACUGAUGUGCCAUUUUCUGUGAUGGAGAGUGUCCAGUCUGGCAGACCUCUAGUAUUAGUGUCCCUGUUGCCCCAUGAACAGAAGAUGUCAGUGAUGCACCUUUUAGUGAGAAGACACCCCAGCAAUACAGAGCCAAUCAAAUCUAAAGAGGAGCUGGUGUUCCACUGUGGAUUUCGGAGGUUCAAGGCCUCUCCUAUCUUCUCCCAGCACACCACAGCUGACAAGCAUAAAAUGGAGCGCUUCCUCAGGCCAGAUGCCCCCACUGUGGUAUCGGUGUACGCUCCCAUCACCUUCCCCCCAACUGGAGUCCUGCUCUUCAAACAAAGGAACGAUGACAUCCAGGACCUGGUGGCUACAGGCAGUCUGCUCAGUUGUGACCCUCAGCGUGUUGUCCUGAAGAGGAUUGUACUGAGCGGACACCCGUUCAAAAUUAACCGCCGCUCUGCAGUUGUUCGUUACAUGUUCUUUAACAGGGAUGAUAUCAUGUGGUUCAAGCCAGUGGAGCUGCGAACCAAGUGGGGUCGGAGAGGCCACAUCAAGGAGGCUUUAGGUACGCAUGGUCACAUGAAGUGUGUGUUUGAUAAUCAGAUGCGAUCUCAAGACACAGUCAUGAUGAAUUUGUACAAGAGAGUUUAUCCUCGCUGGACAUAUGACCCCUAUGUGCCCUUGUCAUUACCCUGGGUUAAAAGAGAGAUUACUGUGGACAUGGAAGACUUGGAGAUGGAAUAAUGGAGGGACAUGGCAAUGCAAACAAGACACAAAACAUGUAUUCAUAGAAAUGCUUUACAUGGAUGUGGUCACAUGACAUUUUUCUAAAAGUGUAAUGUGUAUUAAAUAAAACUAUUUUGAUCC